AUGUUGCUCGCUGGGGGCAACGCGUUUGAUGCAGCAGUCGCAGUGGCUUCGACACUCAACGUUGUUGAGCCUUAUAUGUCGGGUAUUGCUGGCAAUGGGUAUAUGUUGAUCUAUAGCGCGAAGGAAAAAAGACACCGCGUGAUAGACUAUCUGGGCACUGCCCCUUACGCAGCGACGCUGGAUGUCUAUCCGACACUUGAAAGUCAACAGAUUGGCAUCCGGGCGGGGAUGGUCCCGGGUGGAUGUGGCGGAUGGCUUGCCCUCUUAGACCGUUACGGGAGUAUGGAUCACGCAGAUGUUUUUGCUCCGGCGAUUGAAUUGGCGGAGAAUGGGUACGCUGUCACGGUCAAGAACGCGGAAUUCAUCGCAGGGGCGCGUCCCUAUUUUUCGGAAAGAGCUGCAGAGCGAACACAUUCCGCCAAGUCGCUGAAGGCGGGUGCAGAGGCGUUCUAUCGUGGUGAAAUUGCCAAAGAAAUUGUCCGUUUUUCCGAAGAAACCGAUGGACUGAUUACCGAAAAGGAUUUAGCUGACUUUGAGGUGGAGUGGCAGGAACCUAUCUCCGUUACUUACAAAGAUUACGAAGUCUACUGUCCACCCCCGCCGUGUUCCGGCUUUCAGUACUUAGAGACACUGAAUAUUUUGGAAAACGAUGCCCUCGGUGAACUCGGACACAAUACCCCGGAAUACCUGCAUCUACUGAUUGAAGCAAUUAAGUUAGCGAGUGCGGAUAGAGCCGAAUAUGCCCCACGUCCGAACCCGCCGAUUGAACGCCUGUUAUCUAAAGACUACGCACGCGCACAACGUGAACGCAUUGGUGAGCAAGCCGCAGUCAGCGGUGGUGAACGCUGGUCAAAGGACACGCUCCCCGGUGAAAUCCGUGCUGAUGAUUGGACAACCGAAUGCACAACCCACUUUGACACCGCCGAUGCAGAGGGCAAUAUCGUCGCAGUGACACAGAGUCUCGGACAACCUUUCGGCUCAGGCGUAAUUCUCGGGUCAACGGGGAUGUUUCUCAACAAUUUCAUGAACUGGUUCGACAGAAUCCCCGAAAGCCCGAACGCCGUUGGACCGCAUAAACGAAUAGAGAUGUGCAUGUCGCCGUGCCAAGUUUGGAAAGAUGGGAAUCCGUUCGCUGCGAUUGGCACACCGGGAAGCCACGGCAUCCUUCAAACGACGUUACAGAUGGUGUUGAAUCUGAUUGAACACGGAAUGAACGUUCAGGCGGCGAUUGAAGCACCGCGCGUUCGCUUGGUAAAUCCGGGAACGCAUGUCAGCAUGGAGGGACGUAUUCCUGCUGCUGUCCGUGCAGCAUUAGAAGCACGUGGACAUGAGGUAGAGGUGUUACCCGAUUGGACAGCAACUGUCGGUGGUGGUCAGGGCAUCGCCUUUGAUCCGGCGGAAGGAAGUUUUAUGGGGGGUGCCGACCCGAGGCGCGAUGGGUAUGCAAUAGGUGUGUAA